AUGAACAAGAAUCGACAACUUUUUAAAAAGGUGGCAAGAUCUGACUCUUUCACUACCUUGAACUGGAGCAAGAGCUUUUCAAAAGAGAUAAACUACAACCUCAUCUCUGCCAUCACCUUGGAAGACGAGGAUGAACUCUUCAUCUCUUCAUCCAAGAAGAAGGAUCGAAGACAGCAGUAUCCUGUCGUCAGGCAGCUUGAAGAAAAGAGACGAUCAUCGAAUUCAAGAAAUGAGUCAACGAAAAAGAGCAUGGAUUCCCCUCGACAUGAUCGCUUCUCCUGUCACCCCGCCGAUCAUCACGGAGAUAACAAGGACAAGAGGCUGUGUCCCAUUCCGCAACGAAUGCUGUCCACAGAAUUCAGGAGUCAACCCAAUCAAGAAGAUCUACAAAGAGCUGACUGUUUUGCCGGGAAUGUGUCCAUCGGCAGUGAUGAUAAUUUUGACAGUUUUGCGUCAUUAGACCUUGCUGAUGUCUUUGGAGAUCGAUCAUCAUUCGGCAACUCAUCAAGAGGAUUAUUGGUCGAUCGAUGA